AUGGUUGUCCUGCUAUCAGAUCUACCAGACAAUAAACUAAAUUCCGCACUGCUGCUGAGUCGUCGGACUUAUCCACCAAGGGAUUCGUGGAAUUUCUCGCCCUCUUUUGGGUAUGCAGGUACUAAGAGUCCUCUCACUACCAACCAGCAGACAUCAUCUGGCUGGGUCUUGCCGGGGAGAUCGGAGCAACAGGGAACGCCUAGACGACGUUUAACCGCUUAUAAAUGGGCUGCAGUAAGUAGAUCGAGAGGUCGUUCCGCCCCUUGUCCCCGAAUAAGGGGAAUUUUUUCUCAAAAAAUCUUGCUCCAAUCUGACCUAGCUGGCGAGCGAUCCCAGUUCGCGACAGAGAACAAGACAGCAAGCGAGCGUACCUUUGUUCGCUUCUUCUCCACCAAGCACGGAAGUUUAAGGAUAACUGUAGGUCGGUGGCUACCUAAGGAAACUCCGAUUCGAUCCGUCCCCCGGCUGGGAGGCAUCUACCUCAUCCCGAUCACAAGGAGAGGUUCACUAUGAUGGGGGGUACUUUUCUUUUUCCCUUCCGGAAAAAAUGAAAUGAAUAGGGGACCAUCCUUUUGUUGCGGCAUGCUCCUCAGAUUUACGGAUUCGCAGGGG